AUGACCAAAUCAUACAGCGAGAGCGGGCUGAUGGGCGAGCCUCAGCCCCAAGGUCCCCCAAGCUGGACAGACGAGUGUCUCAGUUCUCAGGACGAGGAACACGAGGCAGACAAGAAGGAGGACGAGCUCGAAGCCAUGAAUGCGGAGGAAGAUUCUCUGAGAAACGGAGGAGAGGAGGAGGAUGAAGAUGAGGACCUGGAAGAGGAGGAGGAGGAAGAAGAGGAGGAGGAUGAUCAAAAGCCCAAGAGACGGGGGCCCAAAAAGAAAAAGAUGACCAAGGCGCGCCUAGAGCGUUUUAAAUUAAGGCGCAUGAAGGCCAACGCCCGUGAGCGGAACCGCAUGCAUGGGCUGAACGCAGCACUGGACAACUUGCGCAAGGUGGUACCCUGCUACUCCAAGACCCAGAAGCUGUCCAAGAUCGAGACACUGCGCUUGGCCAAAAACUACAUUUGGGCUCUGUCAGAGAUCCUGCGCUCCGGCAAAAGCCCUGACCUGGUCUCCUUCGUUCAAACACUCUGCAAAGGCUUGUCCCAGCCCACCACCAACCUGGUCGCUGGCUGCCUGCAGCUCAACCCCCGGACUUUCCUGCCCGAGCAGAACCCGGACAUGCCCCCGCAUCUGCCGACAGCCAGCGCUUCCUUCCCGGUACACCCUUACUCCUACCAGUCCCCGGGGCUACCGAGCCCUCCCUAUGGCACCAUGGACAGCUCCCAUGUCUUCCACGUCAAGCCGCCGCCACACGCCUACAGCGCGGCCCUGGAGCCCUUCUUUGAAAGCCCCCUGACUGAUUGCACCAGCCCUUCCUUUGACGGACCCCUCAGCCCGCCGCUCAGCAUCAAUGGCAAUUUCUCUUUCAAACACGAACCAUCCGCCGAGUUUGAAAAAAAUUAUGCCUUUACCAUGCACUACCCUGCAGCGACCCUGGCAGGGCCCCAAAGCCACGGAUCAAUCUUCUCCGGUGCCGCUGCCCCUCGCUGCGAGAUCCCCAUAGACAAUAUCAUGUCUUUCGAUAGCCAUUCGCAUCAUGAGCGAGUCAUGAGUGCCCAGCUCAAUGCUAUCUUUCACGAUUAG